CCAGCUGGCGGAGUCAGAGCCCUCGUUGUCGGGGACGUGCUGCGGCGCCUGGUUGGACGGGCGCUCGCCCGUGUCCUACGCGUUGCAACCGAGGUCGACCCGCGUGCCACGGUGCUGUCGGUCGAUGCAGCUGGGGCAUUCGACCACGUGUCCCGGGCUGCGAUGCUGGCGGCGUUGCAUGCGCAACCAACGCUACAGCCUCUCCUCCCGUAUGCCCGGCUAGUCGCCCUGUGGGAGCAUGCACGCGUCCGCCUCAACCGCUCCAAAACCAAG